CGAGUUUUCAGCGCCUCCUCUCUUACAUGCUCAUCCAAAAAGAAAUGAAGCCCCUCCCAUAAACCCUGGAAUCUCUCUCUAGAUCCCCCUUUUCUCCCUCUCCAGAAAAUGUUGUCUCCCCAACUCCUCCCCAAAACCCCUAAUCCAUUAUCUUCUAUCUACACGCCAAACCCUUUUAAAUCCUUAAACCCCAAAACCCUCAAACCCUCCAAGCCAAACUUCAAGCCCAAACCUCACAACCCCACUACCAUUCAAUCGGUUCUUCAGUGGAACCGCAAACCCCAGCUCGCCGGGGACACCCCCCGCGUCGUCGUCAUCACUUCCGGCAAAGGCGGCGUCGGCAAGACUACCACCACCGCCAAUGUCGGCCUCUCCUUAGCCCGCCUAGGCUUCUCUGUCGUCGCCAUUGACGCCGACGUCGGCCUCCGCAACCUCGACCUCCUCCUCGGCCUCGAAAACCGUGUGAACUACACCGUCGUUGAAGUCCUCAACGGCGAUUGCAGACUCGACCAAGCUUUGGUUCGCGACAAGCGGUGGUCGAAUUUCGAGUUGCUGUGUAUUUCAAAACCCAGAUCGAAACUCCCGAUUGGAUUCGGAGGAAAAGCCCUAACUUGGCUUGUGGAUGCCCUUAAAGCUCGUGAAGAAGGAUCGCCGGACUUCAUUCUGAUUGAUUGCCCAGCCGGCAUUGACGCCGGAUUCAUUACGGCGAUCACUCCGGCGAAUGAGGCGGUUUUGGUGACCACUCCGGAUAUUACGAGCUUGAGAGAUGCUGAUAGAGUUACUGGACUGCUCGAGUGCGAUGGAAUCAAGGAUAUAAAAAUGAUUGUGAACCGGGUUCGGACGGAUAUGAUAAAAGGCGAAGACAUGAUGUCCGUUCUUGAUGUUCAAGAAAUGCUAGGAUUGGCAUUGUUGGGAGUGAUUCCAGAGGAUUCCGAGGUGAUUCGGAGCACAAAUAGGGGGUACCCACUUGUGUUGAAUAAGCCUCCCACAUUGGCAGGAUUGGCAUUCGAGCAAGCAGCGUGGAGGCUUGUUGAGCAGGAUAGUAUGCAGGCUGUUGUGGUAGAGGAGGAGCCAAAGAAGAGAGGGUUUUUCUCAUUUUUUGGAGGAUAAAAUCAAGCACAUCGUAGGACUGUUCUGGUUAAUGAUGGUUUUUGGAGUUUGAAGUAGGAGACAAGGACCAAAUUUCGAAGCUGUGUACAGUUGACUCAAUUUACAGAAUGCAACAAUAUAUGCCAAUCCAUGUCUUUCAAUCGUUUACAUAUUUUAAAUGCGAAUCACCAUAGGAGACAUUACAUUUCCAAUGAAUGAGAACCGCAACGGCAUUGUCAUGCAAGAAUGCCAUUACAGAUCCAGAACAAAUGAGAUCCCUAAUACGAUCCAUCGCCUGGGCAGUUUGCAUGUUUCCUGGGAACUUUGUAAUAACAAGUUUGAGAUGGCAAUUUUCAGAACUUUAAUGAGAGGCAACAAAUGAAUUCAGGCAAAGCCAAAAAACUGAACAAAGCUGGCCUCUGGCAUGUGCCUUCUCCGUGAGAGCCUUCAUGUGGAUCUAAAGCUACUCACAUGCCCUGUUCGUGUCAAUCACCACCAUGCCAUUCGUCAGUGAAGCACAAAUAGCAGCAGAGCUUCAAUGACCAACUCGGGCUUUCACUUUUGCAGCCUUCCCUGCAAUUCAUGGAACAACUUUGACCCCACGGUAGUAAUAUCACCUGAUCAAUGAAAACCCAGAUGGAGAAGCUAUCAGCAUUACAAUUUCCUUAACAAAAUAGAAGAAUGCUAUAUAAAGCUAUCUGUUUUCAAUAUCUAGACCAAAUUGGAUGAAAGAAAUCCAACUUUGCACAGCUUAUCAAGUGAAUUGAGUACCUGCUCCAAGUGUAAACACAACUGUUUCUCGAUCAGGUUCCAAGGAUAUCUGAUGCGCUAACUUGUCUACCACAUCCCCCUUAGAAAGCCAACAAGAAAGUAACAAUAAAUGGAGCAUAAACUAUAAUCAGAGGGCAACUUGAGUAAAACACAUUAUCUUGGAAGUGAGUUGUUGAUAAAUCUAAUCCCUUUUGCCUUUCUGCUUAAGCAAAUUGUUCUACAUUAAGGAAACCAGUCACCAAUUGGCAAUUCUGCUUUCCAAAUUGGUACAAAAGCACAAGAGCUAGACAAAGAUCAUCUUCAGCAUCCUGUUGGUAAACCAUUCCAGAAUGUCUCCAAUAGUUCAAGAACGACAGUUUCAUUUCCCACUAGGAAGCAUUUCUGAUUUUGUCUUAAAAACAAUCUUCCUAACAUCCAGGUUUCUGAUAAAUUCUUAUGAUAUAGCGUGCCUAUAGUAAAAUUGACAAAAGGGAGAAAAUUUCUAAUCUUGUAAUGUUGGGAUGGUGUGGCUAUAGUGGAAUUCCAAAGUUUCUUUUUAUUUUUACGUUCCCUAAAAUAAAAGGAAGAACAAUAAUUUGGAGAGAAAAAUAACACAGAAGGGAUUUGUAUCUCCACUGAAAGCUUAAGAUUGCUUUCCACUUUUGGUUAGUAAAAAAGAUAGUAAGAGCAUGUUUAGUAACGGUUUCAAAAACAAUUUUUGAGAAUAAUUCUUAAAAACAAUUCUCAAUUCUUCA